GAAUGAGAGAGGGACCCAAAUGUAAUACGUAUACAGUAGUUGGUAUAACAGUCCUACUUUCCCCGGCGAAUAUAACAGCGCAGCACGCUUUUAUGCACUUGGUAAAACUUUGCUGUUUUAGUGUUUCGUCGACCAGUCAAGGUCGUGGGAAAGGCAGGACUUGACACUUAAGUUCCAAAAAGACUCGGUCAUAUGAAAUAGUUUGCAAUGUUAACUGUACAGAGGACCUGCUUUAUCGAAGUAUGUUGGUUAUUUGCGCUUUCGAAUGAGAUACAUUAACGUUGAACUGAAGGAAGGGUGAUUGACGCAUAUGCAGUGACACAACACGUUAGCACCAUGUCGUUCCUGAAGAAGUUUAAUAAACAGAAGAGCGUGGACCUAGAGGAGGAGUUGAGGAAAAAAGAAGAGAAGGAGAAGGCGAAGGAAAUGAAGAGGGCGAAACGCCACAGCGUUCAUGUUAGUGGUAAGAGGAGCACGCCGGAUGUCGCAAUCGACGUCCAACCCAAAGAUGAUUCGAUCGUCGAGGAUCGAGGGUUGCAAAAGAAAAAAGAAGCAGAGAGGAAGGAGCGGGAGAGAAGAAAAUUCAAAGACAUGUCUGGCAUGGUGAUGACAAGUCCAAAUGAGUACCCUGUCUUUAUUGUUCACUAUUUAGGAAGGAUGCCAGCCGAUGCCGAGUAUGGGCGAGAGGCGGUAGAGGACCCUGUUCACCAACUAUGCAAGCUUCGCGAGAAACAGAAACUGCAAAAGACACUCCUAGCCUUUAAUGUUGACGGAAUGAUGUGCCGUGAAGUGUCUGGUCCUUUCUAUAAACCUAAGAAGGAAGGGUUAACCUUCUUCAUCCCUCUACAUCAUAUCACCUAUGGGGUAGCAUCUUUGACGCAUCCCCAAGUCUUUGCCAUCAUCAGCAAGAUGACGGAUGACCCUUCACCGGCCAACCAGGUUCUCGUACUUCAUGCUUUCCUGUGCGAUAAGACGGAGGACGCUCAGGGGUUGACAUACUGGCAACUUCAGGCUUAUAUCGAAGCCUUUGAAGAUCUGAAGAGGAAAAAGAUGCUGAAACAAAGAAGAAAACAAGCAAUGCACGGCCCACCUAUACCUCCGGGGCCAGGGACCAGUGGUGAUACCCCUUCCCCUGCAAGCAUUAGGCCUAGUCCUGAUAUUGGUAACAGUGGUGGUAGUAGUGAUAGCUCUACUAACAAUAGCAAACACAAAAAUCCUCCUGCUUCUCCUAGCCCAGCAUCUCUCAAAAGCCCUGCAUCUCCCAAAGGCCCUGCAGUUAAACCGAAACGAACGAACUCUGCGGCAUCAAUCACGUCAUCCUCCUCAUCAUCGGCGUCAUCAUCUUCCAGGGUAACCCCAACAGCAGAGCGGAAGACACCAGACAAGGAUGAAGUACAAGAUGUUGUUCAGAUGUCUAAAAAGCAAAACCCUGGUAAGAUGAAGACUGAUGUGUGGCCACCAGCACCAAAACGGGGCCCCCCUCCUCAGCUCCGAGGACCACCACUGGCGUUGACACAACCCAAUGUUGGUGGACCUCCUGCAACUGGUCAGAACGGUAGGACCAACUCCAGGGAUUCAGCAUACGGUGAAGGGGAAGACGAGUUCGCCAUCUCAUUCUCACCGACGUCAGCAACGGCACCGAAGUCGUCUCCGGUGACGCCGGGACCGGUAUUCCCUGGUAUUGCUCCUCGAAGGACGAGCGAGUCUGAUACGAACAGGACUUCAUCUUUUGAGAACAGGAUAAGUGAACUUCAGAAUCUGGUGGAGAUGGAUGCUGAGAAACUCAAAGAUCUCAUGAUCAAUGAAUACCCUACAUUAUCACGUAAAAUCUACUUCAAGAUGUCUAUUGAUCAGAAUGGAGUAGUCACCCGGAAGGAAACAAAGGAGGAUGAUCAAGGGUCGACAUCGAAGGUUGCAGCGGUCGACGACGUCGACCAUACGGAUGUAUAACGAUCGCACGAUCUCGAUUUGACUAUUUCUUGCCAACGACCAUUAAGAAGACGGAGUGGUUAUCAAAGCCGUCGAUAUUGCUUUACGAUCUUCGUCGUCAUGGUCAUAACAGAUCUAGGUCUAUAUAUUUCCUAUGUGUCAGUUUUUUAUCGAUGUCAUCCGUUUACUUUCUGGAAUUUUGCACCAUUACAUUAGAUCAUCAAGUUAACUGGAGCAUGGUCAUUUGAACAUAUUUUAAAAGUAUAAUUUAACCGUUGCCGUUCAGACUAUUCUCUCCAAAUCAAAUAACUGUGUCAAUACUGCAAUCUUUAUCACUAAACUGGCUUAUGUGAAACCAUUUUGGGGAAUUAAAUCCUUUUUUUUUCAUCUUCAACGGUUUUAAUCGCGUGAUAAUUGGUUCACAUGAAAAGGAUGAGGAUAGGAAAAAAUCUUUUACUUUUUGUUCCUGUUUAACAACGGAUCCAUGUGCCUUGAUCCAAAACGUUUAAUGAACGGCAUAAAAUCUCACCAUAAUCACGAUAAUCUCAACAUAAGUAGAAAGAGGAAUAUUAGAAAACAAGAAUUUAGAAAUAGAUUCUUGAGUAGUACAAACCUCUCUCUUCUUUCAAUAAUGUAUCAGGGUUUCUUCAUUCGAUGCUUAAAUUUCUUAAGAAAAUACUAUAAGUUCCUCUACUGACAAUUUACAAUGUGAUAGAAGGUUAUAAUUUUUUAUGCAAAUUCAAACAUUUCAAUUUGUAUUUGGAUGAGAUAUAAUGACCUGUUGAAAAUGCUGCUCUAUUGAAACGAGAUUGCCGGUAGUGUUAUCUUGAAAUGAUCGUUUAUGGUUCAAAAUUGAUUAUUUUCACGAUUUGGUAUAACUAAUGUACGGCAUUUGUUAUGUUAAUGAUGUUUAUUUAACUAAAUUAUUUUAACAGUAAUAUUUGUGCGAUGGCAAUUUCAUUUCCUAAUCUGCUCAGGAACAAUAAAAAAUAUGAAUGUCGGACCUUAAUACCUCGGUCACAUUUACUCUACGGCGGCCAUACGGCGAGUCGAAAACAGUCGUUUUAAGAUUUUUUGUACCAGCUAAAUAAAGGUGGUUUGAAUAAAAAUGAAUAAAACGGCUGUUUUCGACUCGCCGUACGGCCGCCGCAGAGCAAAUGCGACCGAGGUAUAAGCCUAUAAAACGGUCUUCCCUUAGAUCGACAAGCCAAUAUUCAUCAUUUUUAGAACAAGAUAUAAAACAAGAAUGGAAAUUCGGUUAACCAAUUCGAAGGGUGGUGAUCUUUAGGCGGUCGCUCUACUUAAGUUUGUCGAUUCGAAUCAUGAAUGCAUACUUUACGAUUUUCGUACGAUAUAAUGGCGUUGUAGAUGGGUAUACGCUCUAUGUGUUCGCAUCGCAUCGUACAUUUGAUUUUUAUAAACCUUUUAGGAGGAUGGCCGUAUAAAACGGCUGUGCAAUAUCGUACGAGGAUCAUGCGAUUGCCCUGCGGUUUUCUCAGCAUCCAUAUAGGCCACGCAUAAAUCGAUAGGUGUGCCUAUCAUACAGCAAUAGAGUCAAUUUACACGCUGAACGGCGAGUUGCCUUGCGACGGGGUCGUAGCUUGCCUACGAUAUAAUCGUACAUUCAGAGCUUGAUUUCGUAAUAGAAAGAUACGAUGUGUUUACGGGCUCCAUUGGAUCAUUGCAGACAUUGAGAUAAUAUUCAUCACACUCUGUGUAAGUGUGGUACUGUUAAAUGUUAUUAUAUGCGAUGUAUAUUUCCUAUAACUUAUUUUCAUAUAAAAUGUGAUUUGUUGAUGAGAAGUUUAUUUUGAUAAAUGCAUUAUCCUUUAAUAUAUUCAAUUAAUGAUUAUUGAAAUUGUGGGGUCUUUAACCAUACUGUCAGUAAAGUUGUGAUCGAUUUCCUUUUAUUUUCUGUCGAAUGUAUUCGAAAACGCAACUUCCUCAAAUUUUCGUUAGUAUCAAAAUGUUGCUGAUAAUUAGUGUUUUGAAAGGAGUAAUUAUUAUUUAGAAAAAUUGCGUUGAAUAGGAAAGCAUUUAUCAUAGUGUAGUCAAUGAUCAUCAUUAUCAUUUUGUUAAUAAGAGUUCUUUCUCACUUAUAGUAUAUACGAAUUGAAAUAAGAAUGGUCUAAUGAAUAUUUCUUUAAAGGACAUGUCCACCCCAACAAAAAGUUGAUUCGAAUAAAAAGAGAAAAAUCAUACAAGCAUUACACUGAAAAUUUUAUCAAAAUUGGAUGUAAAAUAAUAAAGUUAUGAUAUUUUGAAGUUUCGCUUAAUUUCACAAAACAGUAUUAUACACAUCAUGGUUGGAAUGCGAAUGAGGUGACUAAUGACGUCACCCUGGGUGAGGCUCACUAUUUCUUUUGUAAAUUAUUAUAUGAAUUAUGAAAUGUUCUUAUUUUUCUCAUUUUCCUGGGAAACAAAGCUUUGUUCCUCCCUGAACAUGAAGAAUUACCAUUCUUUAAAAUAUUAUGGUUCAGUCAAGUUGAUCCUUAUUUAUUGUCACAUCGCUAAAAAAAUGCAAUAUUGUAUAAUGCAAACAAUAAAAAAACAAAAGAAAUAGUGGAUGAGGGACAUCAUGGACUCUCAUUUGCACAUCUAGUUGAGUUGUGCAUAUAAAACUGUUUGUGAAAAAUAAGCGAAUCUUUAAAAUGUCAUAUUUUACAUCCGAUUUUGAUAAAAUUUUCAAUGUUGUGCUUGUUUGAUUUUUCUAUAUUUAUUCAAAUCAACAUUUUCUGGGGUUGACUUAACCUUUAAAUGUAAUAGUCCUAUAUUUACAGAAAAUUGACAGUGUAUUGUAACUUAUUAUGACAAAGGCUGAAAGUCGUGUGCAAACUAGGAGACGGUAUAGCGAGUUUUCGCUAUUGCAACGGGGACGGAUUCAACUACAAAGUAAAUCUAUUGAAAAAAUGGCAUGUUGCAUGUUCAAGUAACAUUGUAUAAUGUAGCAUUGUGUUAAAGUAAAUAUUAAAAUAAGGAUUAUGAAUUAAAAUUUAGAAUAUCAUUAUUGUUAUAUCCAUCAGUGAA